AUGAUGAUUUCUCUCAUGUUUCCUCCAUCUCAGUUUCAUGUUCCUGCCAUCAUCUUCUACUCUUGCGUUUGGCUGCCACUACUACGACUCAAACAAACUCUUCUCGAUACACUGCGUCUGGUUUUCAGGACUGUACCGCCAAUGGAGUGCUCCCACGUGGCUUGCAUACGAGUAACCGGAGAUGAUCAGUUCUACGAUCUUCCGGUGGUUGCAUUCCAUGAGGUGGAGGGUAUGGACGCCAAGGUCGACCGGUUGUGCUCGGUUUGCUUGGGGGAUUUCCAAGGAGAGGAGGAGGUGAGCCGGCUGCCGGGUUGCGGGCACGUAUUCCAUGCAGGGUGCAUACGGAGUUGGUUGGAGCGGGAUCGGUUCACGUGCCCGCUCUGCAGGGCUCUUAUCUUCGAGCACCAUGCUUGCUGUGGGAGAUCUGGUCUUCUAACCAUUCACUGA